GAUUUCACAAGACCACGCAGAGGGAGAAGACGAUGUCCCUGGCCAAGAAGGGGCGAGACUGUCCGAACUCUUUGAACGAAGAGGAAUUCGCCAGGCUUUUCACGCCCACUGGCAUCAAGAAAAGCGCUCUUACAUACAAAAUAACAGAAUGGGUAUCGACUUUGGCUCUGCCCUCCUACCGUUUCCUGAAAGAUCGCCGAGACCAGGAAGCUCAGAAGAUGAAGAAAAUGAUCGAAGCAAGUGAUGACAGAGGAAAAAAGGUCCUAGAAGAACAGAGGAAGCAGGAAGAGGAAAAAGAGCGGAAGAAAAAUGAGAAGAGGAAAAAAGGAAUGAAAAAGAAGGAAAGCAAAAAAGGUGAAAAAGCGAAUGGGAAAAAAGUCACCGAGGAAAAGCCUGACGAAGAGGACCAAGAGAAGGAGAAAAAGGAAGAGAAGCAGAAGAAAGAAGAAGAGAGGAAAUCCAAGGAGCGUAAAAAAUGGCGAACAGAACCAGGACCCUGCAAAGAUAAUUACGGAUCAGUGUCGAAGGCAGCUCUCAAUGCAAAAGGGUGA